AUGCAUGAAAUAUUACAGAUUUACCAAAUGAAUUCAAACCCUCGGGGACACUGUGUGGUGAUAAAUAAUGAGAUAUUUCAUAAAAGUACAGAACUUGAUGAUCGAGAUGGCACAGAGAAAGAUGUGAUUUCUUUGGAGAAACUUUUCACACAGUUACAUUUUUUAGUUGAUGUGCGCAAUAACAAAACUGCACAGGAAAUAGUGGACAUAGUACAAGAGUAUACAGAUAUGGAUCACACCAAUUAUGAUUGUUUUGUAAUGGUUAUUUUAUCUCAUGGUUCCCAUGGUAAUGUUUAUGGAGUAGAUGGCAAGGAAGUGGACAUUAGCAAAAUUGUUUUUAGUUUUGAUUCGAUUUAUUGUCAAAGUUUACAUGGAAAACCAAAACUGUUUUUCAUUCAAGCUUGUCAGGGAAUCACUCAAAAGUUGGAUGAGCUAGAUUUACAAGACAUUGAGCAAGUUGAUGAAGCCUUGCAUAAUACUGCUAGAAGAGCUGAUAUGUUUAUCUCCAUGGCAACAAGUCCAGGUUAUGUAUCUUGGCGAAAUAUCAACAUUGGAACGUGGUUUAUACAAGCUGUGGUCUAUGCCUUUAAAUACUGGGCUCAUAGCUGUGAACUAGUUAAUAUUAUGACUAAGGUAGGUACAAAACAUGGAGGUUGA